UGAUGAAGACAUCCAGAUGCGCUUGGUGACGAGGUUUGUGAACGAAGCAGCCCUGUGCCUGCAGGAAGGGAUCCUCAGCAACCCCGUGGAGGGAGAUAUUGGUGCUGUGUUCGGCUUGGGCUUCCCACCAUGCCUUGGAGGUCCCUUCAGGUUCGCAGACUCCUAUGGAGCCAAGCAGAUGGUGGACAAGCUGCGGAAGUACGAAGCCAUCUACGGCAGCCAGUUCACACCCUGCCAGCUGCUGCUGGACCAUGCCAACAGCCCAGGCAAGAAAUUCCACCAGUGAACGUGGCCUGACACCGUCCACCCGUGACACCCCCGAGAGCUCGAGCCACCGGCUCUCCAGCGACACCCCAUUCUCUAGGUUAAUCUGCAAAGUACCCGAGGGAGGCAGGGAAGGAAGGAAGGAGGGGGACAGCAGAUUGCCACGUGGCUUGUAGUCAUUUCAAGUGCCUUAUCAGCUACGGAGCGUUGGGCAUAUCCAUCCUGUGCCAGUCUGGGCCUGGG